ACCAGGAAGUUGAACUUCAGCGACUGGCGAGACGUUUUGACAGCUAAAAUGAGCUUCUCGUCCAAAUGACUUUAUCAGACUUGACGGUUUUCCGCUUCAGGACUUUAGUGUAACGUCCUCGCCGUGAGUCCAGGAUGUCUGCGUCCUUUAGAGCCAGUUCAGCGCCGAGUGUAUCGAGGCCGGAGAUGGUGCAGGACGGCAGAGUGGCAGAAAUUCCUAUUCCAGUUCCAAUGGAGAGCAGGAAGACACCCCCUCCCCCUGUCAAACACCAGAUGAUCCCAGAAGAACUUCUAGUUAGCCUCACCUCCACCGUCUCCAACAAGAGCACACUGGGGCAGAAUGCACACAAUCGGCACUGUGAGAGUUGUGGAAUCAGACGACCAGAUGCAGUCUGGCAUCAUCCACUUGGACGCAAGAAAUACAAGUACUUUCUGGAGCAGCCAACGUCUCUGACUGGAGCUGGGAGGGAUAUUUCAUUCCUUUGUGAUGCUAUGCUAACUCAGAAGAAGACAACGCCCCUUCCACCACUUACUGAAAAGAAUGACAUCAGCGACGCAGAGAAUUUGAGCAUCUCAGAAAAGUUGAUCCCAGAUGAAUAUCACAUCGUGAAAAACAAAGGAAUACAAAGCCUUGAGUUCUAUGAAGAUGCGUUCACGGUGCAGCUGAAGGAUGAUGAACAGAAGCUACGGGUCCUCCCUUCACUGAGGCCCAGUGGCCGGAUGGAAGUGGUCCAGCUGAUGAGGAUGAUGGAUGACAUGCUAGAGAAAGCUGGAGUGGAUCAGCAGAAAGAGGAACUUACUGAUCUCUCCCAACUGGAGGGUCUGCUUGAGCUGGUGAAGGUUGAGCAGAACAUCUACAACAUCGUUUUCCAUGAGCUGAUCAGGCAGGUCAGCGUGGGCUGUGCUGAGAGAGGUGAACUGCUUGCCAAGCUCAGACAGCGCUACCAGUCCCUGCUGGAUCGAAUCCCACGGCGCCUCAAGGCGUUACACACUGAGACAGUGGCGCAGCGGGCUCUGGAUCGCCGCCUCACAGAGGAGAUCCAUCGCAUCAAGUCAUCCAUCCAGCAGCUUAGCACGGAACUGUCCAAAAUCAGGAACCAUGAUGCGUUUGUUUCCCAGCAGGCAGAGUGCGCUCACCGGCAGCUGACCGAGGCCCUUAAGCAGACUCACACCAACUCAGAUGUGGUCCAGGGUUACCAUGAGCUCUAUGAGCUGCAGAGGACUCGCCUUGAGGCUCAGAUUCUCCAGAUGACUGAGGACAGAGACUGCUGGAGCCAGCUCACCUUCCGCCUUGCCCUAAAGGUGAUCAGUGUGAAGAACCUGCAGCUGGUUCGUCAGCUCCAUAUCAGUGAGCAAAGCUGGUUUAAGACAGCAGAACACUGCCUGCUGUUCCUCACCACAAAGGAUACAGAAGACCUUAACGUCAUAAUGGAUCUUUCUGACUACUGGAAAGAGGAGUUCAGUACUUUCAUGUCCCAGCUGAGGGAGACUGAGCAUGCUCAGUGCAAACAAAUCAGUGCCAUUAAGCAUGGGAUCUCCAAAUGGCUUUUGUUCUGCGCUGCACAGGAGAAGUGUCCCGAUCCAAAAUACGACACAGCAACAGCGCAAGAGAUUCAUGCCGAUUUGAGACAGUGGACAAAAGUGUUGGCACUGCUCUGUGAAAACUACCAAGGUGAAAAACAGCUUUGCUGCCAACAGACUCUGGAAAAACUUGGCAACAUCCAGCAACGAUGGCUGGAUAUGAGCCUUCAGCUGUUCAGGAGACACCCCUCUCCUACCGAUGAACCGCCUGGAGGCCAGCGGGCCCUAAGAGAGCUGGAAAAGAUCCUGUCCGAGCUCCUUGUGCAGCUGGACACAAGAGUCAGUGGAGAGAGUGGGAUACACAGACAGAUGGUGUCACUGCUCGGGCUGAUGGAGUCCUGGUUGUCCAAAAUUGGUGCAACAAUUACACAACCAGAAAUUACACCUGACACUGAUUGGCUGAAGCUGGAGAAAGCACUGCUUGACUCGCAGAGUUUGGCUGAAGACAUUUUAGAGCACGUCUCUAUCGCACAUCCGGAGAAAAAAAACGACAAAAGCAAGCCUGACAUAUACACGGAGAUAGAAAACGUGUUUGACAAACUGAAGGACUGCGUAACGAGUCUUUCCAAAUUCACUGAGGGUGAGAACCAGAGACUUUGUCAGGAAGCCCGUUCUGUCCACAUGGCUCAGACUCGCUGGAUGCUGGAUCUGUUGCUCCUCAUGUUGCCCGACAAUGGCAAGGAUCAGAACCACAAAAUGGAACACCGUUUCAUUACAGAGAUCUCUUUACAAACCCUGGACGAGGACGCCAAUGUGCUGGCUGAGAAACUGGACUGCUUUUCCAGCUACAUUACCAGGUCCUGCAGCUUGAUUCUGGAGAAGCAGAUUCCUGUGAAUCCACAAGGCGCAGAGGGUGAAAAUGAGAUGAAUGAGUGCAGGAAGCUGCAGAGUGAGUGCGUUGAAUGGGUGGAGACCUCGUUAAUACUUUUAACAAAAGUUCCUGGCAGUGCUGCUGAAAUGCCCGUCCAGCAGCUCACCUCCGGCAGCGAUGUCCCAGACAGUCCAGCAGACACCAUGGAGACUCCAGUGACUGAUAACACUGUAGCAGGACCUACAACAGAUGAUGCCAAGCAGGUGAAAGAGAUCAUAGAUGAGGUGAAGCAGGAAUCAGGAGAGAGCACUGCUGAAAGUGAUGAAACACAACAAGAGGGGGAGCCAGCAGUUUGUGAGAGUCCUGUGCUGCAGCUGAUAAACUAUGAUGGACAUAUCACACAGAGGAAGCUGGGAGAGAGCAUUGUCCACGUCAGCGGGACCGAUGAGCUGGUUGUGUCUCCAGCGACGGAAGAAUCUCAGAAAGCUUUUAAUGAUCUGACUACAAUAGGAUUACUGCAGCAAGAACUGCAUGAUUCUGAGGUACGAGUGACGAUUGCUGAGCAGCGAGCAUUAAAAGCCGAGGAAGACCUGCAGGCAGCGCUGGAGAAGAUCCGUGAGCUGGAGAGACAACUGCAGGGACCAUCCAGUUUGGAGCCUAAAAGUGAUGAAGAGUUAGAGAAAACGCCAACGCUUUCCCCACCACCAAUGACACAGACAGCUGCACCAAAGAAAAACACAGCUCAAACCAAACCAACAAGCAGAAAGACCAAGAAACGGUGAUCAGACAUGUGAUCACGACAACCCUGCAGCUCUGUGUGUAUGUUUGACACCAUCCGGUUAUCUUGAAAAACAUUAAUGUCAAUUUACUAUCUCCCAGGUCUCUGAAGUAUUACACAAAAGAGCAAUGUCAUCCAAGUAUUAAAUAUUUACACUAUCCUUAUUGACGUGAUGUUGUGAUAUUUAUCAUGGCUUGCUGUGGUUUUAUUCAUGUAAAUGCAAACUGGUUUUUGCUUCAUUCUAACAAUUAAAGUGUCUGCACACAUUUAAGGAA